UCUCCCUCUCCCUCUCCCUGCUUUUCUUUCUCUCCCUCUUUACCCUGGACCUCUCUCUGUGUAUUCUGAACAUACCAAGCCGAGCCACACAAUGCUGAAAGUGGCGCAGACAUUCCCACCCCCCCUGUUCCUCCUGGUCUCCCUCUGUGAGGCAGUGCGGCUCUGAUCGCAGGGCAGGACAGGGAAACGGUGUCGCAGGACGAGCCAGCAUCACCUGUUCGGGACAUUUGCAACAGCAGUAGACGAGAAAAGAAGGAGGAGCAGAGUCACUUAAGGGCUCUGCUCUGUCUGUGUCCACCCAUCUCCACCCACCUCCACCACCCCCCUCCAGACUCCCUCACUUGCACACAUUCCCCCAGCCUAUCCUCCCCAUUUGUCUCCUCCACUCUCCGAUGCUGGUGUGGUGACCAGCAGAACUCUCGGCUGAGCUGCAUGGAGGCACAGGGAGGGGCAGGGAGCCCAGGACGAAAAUAAUUAAAGACCAAGCUGCAAGCAGAAAAGGCACCAGCCAUCUGGUGUGACCCACCAGAAAGCUGCUAUCCUCCUACAUGAUAUUGGAACAAUUCUGCAUGAUAAACAACUUCAAGCCCAAUAAAGACAUCCAGAAGCUGCUGAAGCCGUCCAGCUCAGGCGACCUAUCGAAGGAGCUGUUCCAGCACCCUGCAGGGGAGGACGAGGGCUGUCUGUUGGGCCACACUGCUAGCCUGCUGCACAUCAGCGAGAAGAGACAACCACUGAGUAGUGUGUCGUCUUUAGAGGUGCACUUUGACCUCCUGGAUCUCACCGAGUUGACUGAUAUGUCCGACCAGGAACUGGCUGAAGUGUUUGCUGACUCUGAUGAGGAGAACCACAAUGAGUCCCCAGCGGGUUCCCACCAACCUGUGCUGCCCAGGGGCGGGUACAUGCGCUCCCCGUCGUGGACGCGCUGCAGCAAAGUCGAGUCUCCACGAGAGAGAAAGCACCACAGUGACUCAGACACCGCAGAGCCCUUAAUGAAGCUGGAAAGGCCAAAGCAACCAUGAUAUCUCACGUCAAACAAGUGGACCGCACAGAAAGAAAGAAAACCCAGAGCUGGACAUGCAGCCAGAGCCGUAACACAAAACGGACCAAGAGGCCUCCAUCUGCCACCGUGUGUUCGCACGAUGCCCCGAGAUGCUGGCGAGUUCAGGCUGAACUCUGGACACUGUGCUCUAAAGAUGUUAAGAUGUGCAAUAUACACACUCUCCUUCUCUCUCCCUCUUUCUCAGACACACACAAAUCCAUGCAAUCAUUGUGUUUUUCUUGGAAAGACUUGGUAAUGCACUCUAGGCUGCCAGACAAUUUAAAGUUUUGUUUUUUUGGAUGACAGACAGGGUACGCGGUCAACAGAGUAAACACCACCUUUGUCCUUACAGCCUCUCAGGGUGGGUCAGCACAGCCAGAUUGAUGAUGACAGUUGUCUAAUGCUCGACCUUCCAUGUGAUGCUCAGACAGUAGGAAUCACCCUGAUUUACAAGACAUGAGGACGGUUUAGCCUAAAACAUCCCGCAGAUGCUUCGUUAGACUAACUGCGUUGCUUGUAAAUGUGGCAGGGUUUUCUGUUGCCUCUAAGCAGAGGAUUUGUGGCUUUCAGCGAAGCCGGACUGUCCUUGAUGCCUACUCCGUCUGAAUAAGAGAUCUGUGUUGUGAUUUAAAGGCCUCAAUAAGAAUAUUGCACUUCUUUCACUGAGUUGUAUUUUCAGUGACCCUCAGAAUUAUUGGCAUUUGGCUCAGGCGGGUGAAACGAUACACAGAACAGUAGCAGCUACGGACCCGAUCCAUACUCAAACUCUAUCUGCAAAAUCUUCCACAAAAACUUUUUCUGUGCGACUAUGAAAAUGGCAGCUGCGACUAUGAUUAAAUAGAUCUAAAGUUUAAAAGUAAAAUACCAUAAAAACACACACUGCCUGGCCAAAUAAAAACAUCUCACACUAGUAUUUUAAUACAAAAUAGUAGUUUGGCAAGCACAACGUGCUGCACAUUCUUUGCGCACAUGCAGUGUUAAAAACAAGAAAUAUUUUAUACAUAAAUACAAAAGUCACAUAAAAAAAGAAAUCCUUGUUCACUAAGGCAUAUACUCUAAUAAUGUAUUGGACGACUAUUAGCUUUGAUUGCAGCACACACUAGCUGUUGUUUCAAUAAGUUUAAACAAUGUCACAACAUUUAUUUCCAUCCAGAGCUAAGGUUUUAUAUUGAUGAUGGGAGAGCUAGACGACAUCGUAAAAGUCUUCCAGACACUGUCAUUGGAGAUAAGGUUGAGACUCUGUGGUCACCAUUCUAUGCUUGAAUCCUGACAUUUCAGUGAAGAAGAAACUCUAUUGAUGGUAAAACUCAAUCAUUCAGAUAGUCAGUUGACCUCGUUUGUUUUAGGUACGUAGCAUUGCUGAGCCUGGACCGGGUCCACGUGAAGCGACCCCAGACCGCGACAGGCCCCACAGACUUGCACGGUCGUCACUAUGCAUUACAGCGGCAUGACUUCAUCCUCUGCUCUGCGAUUCUUGAUGCACCCAUCUCUGAAACAAACCUGGACUCAUCAGACCACAUGAACCUUCUCCAUUGCUGCACACUCCAGUCGCCAAUUUCCCUAACAUAUCCAAGCCUCUUUUUUUCCUAUUCCUCUCACUGAUAACUGUUUUUUUUAAUGUUUUAGGCUCUAUAUCUGUUUAACCCUAAUAACGGAAUUCUCUUCACAUAGUAUAAGUGGAAAUACUGUUAGCUUUACAAUUAAACACUGUGGUGAGUGCUGCUUCUGAUCUUCAGUUAGAUUUCACCAAAUUAUUUAGUGACAUCUGAUCACGAUCAUUCAGGAUUGUUUUUAUUCCUGAACAUGAUGCUUCAUGACUAUUUGCCCAGGUUUUAAACCAGUUUUAAUAGAUUCAGUCAUCUUUUUUGUUUUGUUUUAAUGGUCUAAUACAGACCAAUAAUUUGAACACCUUUAGGGGGAGUGGAAGCCUAAUGGUUACAGAGGAGGGCUGGAGGACCCAGUUUCAAGCCCCUGGAUUGCAACCAAAGUCAACCACCUUGGGCCCCUGAGCAAGGCCCUUAACCCUUACUGCUCCCCGGGCACCGUGCCAUUGCAUGGCAGACCACUGCUACUAGUUAACUAACUGACUAACUAGAAAAUGGGUUAAAUGCAGAGAAAGAAUUUCCCCAUUGUGGGAGUACUAAGGGAAGCAUUUAUUUCAUUAAUUUUUUUUACAACACGAGUUUUUCUGAUAAUACUUAAGAAGUGAGAGGCUACCUAUUUCUUUAGUUGUUUCUUUUUUGGGAGGCCAGGCAGUGUGUAGAAACUAAAUAAGUAGACAUGUAGUUCUUCAAGCAGGUGGGUUUGUGCGGGUGCCAAAAACACAACAAAGUGCCAACAUUUGUGAUGACAAAAUCCACUUUUGAUGCAAUAUUUUGUAUCUUUGUCAGCAAAGUAAUAGCUGGUUACUCUUUUUCUUGUUUUGGUAUAUUAAGCUUGUCUAUUCCACGAAUGCCAAUAAUUCUGAAUGCUGUGACACAGUGGAUCAAAAGUGAUACUGGGAUGGAAAAAUAUUAAAUAAAAACGUAUGGGCUUAUU